AUGUCCAGCGAGGUUCCCGCUACCCCCGUCGACGAGACCGUCUACCAGGGCGCCAUCGGUAUUGACCUUGGUACCACCUACUCGUGUGUCGGCUGGUGGGUCAACGAGCGUGUCGAGAUCAUCGCCAACGACCAGGGCAACCGCACCACUCCCUCGUACGUCGCUUUCACCGAGAGCGAGCGUCUCAUCGGCGAUGCCGCCAAGAACCAGGCCGCCAUGAACCCGCGCCAGACCGUCUUCGACGCCAAGCGUCUCAUCGGCCGCCGAUACGACGACCCCGACGUCAAGAAGGACAUGCAGCACUGGCCCUUCACCGUCAUCGACAAGGACGGCUCCCCCUUCAUCGAGGUCAACUACCUCGGCGAGACCAAGCAGUUCUCCCCCCAGGAGAUCUCCUCCAUGGUCCUCACCAAGAUGAAGGAGAUCGCCGAGGCCAAGAUCGGCAAGGAGUCGAUCAACCCCGACGAGGCUGUCGCCUACGGUGCCGCCGUCCAGGCCGCCGUGCUCACCAACCAGACCAGCGACAAGACCGCCGACCUGCUUCUGCUCGACGUUGCUCCCCUUUCGCUCGGUGUUGCCAUGCAGGGUGACGUGUUCGGUGUCGUCGUGCCCCGUAACACCCCCAUCCCGUGCAACAAGACCCGUGUCUUCACCACCGUCGAGGACAACCAGACCCAGGUCACCUUCCCCGUUUACGAGGGUGAGCGCACCCAGUGCAAGGACAACCGUCUGCUCGGCGAGUUCGAGCUGACCGGCAUCCCGCCCCAGCCCCGUGGCCAGGCCGAGCUGCUGACCACCUUCGAGAUCGACGCCAACGGUCUGCUCAAGGUUUCCGCCCAGGAGAAGAUCACCGGCCGCAAGGCCAACAUCACCAUCACCAACUCGGUCGGCCGCCUGAGCUCCAACGAGAUCGAGCAGAUGAUCAAGGACGCCGAGACCUUCUCCAAGGCCGACAAGGACUUCACCGCCAAGCACGAUGCCAAGAACGACCUCGAGGCGUACGUCCACUCGGUCGAGGAGACCAUCUCGAGCCCCGCUGCCAACCUCAAGCGCCCUGCCAAGAUCCAGAUCGAGCAGGAGCUUACCAAGGCCCUCGAGCUGCUCGAGGUGCAGGACGCUUCGGCCGACGAGUACCGCCGCGCCUCGCUCCGCCUCAAGCGCUCCAUGCAGAAGGCCUUCGGUGGUCGUUAA